CAGCACAUCACACCAUCACAGCACAAGAUGUCGUCCUCUACAAAGGAUAAGGAGGUGUGUGAAGGAAACACAGGUGGUGAUGGAGUUAGAGUUGGAGUUGGAGUUGGGUGCUGUCUCUCAGGGAACAAGGAUUUCUUUGAUGUCAUUCUGUCAAAUUCACAUGUCACCUCCCUUCCUUUUAAUCUUCGUCCACCGGCACAUAUUCUUACCAAACUUCCUAGUGUGAAGGUGCCUUUGGUUCUGAGGCAUGGUGACAAGCAAUGGCAGAUGAUGUAUCUUGGAAACGAUAGCAGGCCGAGGUUCGAGUGCGCUGGUUGGAAAAUAUUCGUGAAUGAUAACAAUCUGAAAGAGGGAGAUGCUUGCAUCUUCGAGGUGAUGGAGUCGAGCCCUCAGAUCCUCAAGCUCGACGUCGUCGUCAUCAGGAACACCAUGGAUCUGCCACCGGCUCUGCUGUCCAAGAUUCAAUCCAAGGGAAGACACCGGAGACAGCCAUAGAGCUUUAGCAUCACUAUUUUCACUAUUAUGCUUUACAUAUUUAAGUCUGGACUGUAGCUUGUUUAUGUUUUCUACUCUUCUCUACUCUGUUAAUUAGGUUAAUUCGUGUCUUGUCUUGUGGAAGUUGGAUUUAAUGUGCAUGCUUCAUCAUGUCCAUUCUCCUUUAAUAAUGCAAUUAGUCAAUCUGGCCUAGUCCAUAUGAUUGAAAUCUUUAUCCUA